AUGUGUUCAGACACCCGCGUGGCCCUGGUGACCGGGGCCAACAAGGGCAUCGGCUUGGCCAUCGCGCGUGACCUGUGCCGGCAGUUCUCCGGGGACGUGGUGCUCACGGCACGGGACGAGGCACGGGGACGGGCGGCCGUGCAGCAGCUCCAGGGCGAGGGCCUGAGUCCGCGCUUCCACCUGCUGGACAUCGAUGACCUGCAGAGCAUCGGCGCCCUGCGUGACUUCCUGCGCAAGGAGUACGGGGGCCUGGACGUGCUGGUCAACAACGCGGGCAUUGCCCUUGAUAUUGAUGAUCACACACCCUUACAUAUUAAAGCAGAAUUGACAGUGAAAACAAACUUCUUUGGUACUCGAAACGUGUGCACAGAACUGCUGCCUCUAAUGAAACCCCAAGGCAGAGUGGUCAAUGUGUCUAGCAUAAUGAGCUUGGUAGCUCUUAAGAACUGUGGCCCAGAACUGCAGCAGAAGUUCAGAAGUGAAACCAUCACAGAGGAGGAGCUGGUGGGGCUCAUGAACAAGUUUGUGGAAGACGUAAAGAACAGAGUGCACCAAAACGAGGGCUGGCCUGAUAUGCAAAUGCUUACAUAUGGAGUGUCAAAGAUGGGUGUCACCGUCCUGUCCAGAAUCUAUGCCAGGAAACUGAGUGAGCAGAGGAGGGGAGACAGGAUCCUCCUGAAUGCCUGCUGCCCUGGGUGGGUGAGAACAGCCAUGGGUGGACCUACAGCCAUUAAAAGCCCAGAAGAAGGAGCAGAGACUCCCAUCUACUUGGCCCUUUUGCCCCCGGAUGCCAAGGAGCCUCACGGGGAGUUUGUUAUGGAGAAGAAAGUUGAACAAUGGGGACCCCCCUCUCAGUUCCCUUCAUGGCUCCUGUUAUGA